AUGUUAAGUCCCAAGGGGUUCAGCACGGGAGGAACUGGAAACUUUGGUCUGGGCUAUGUCCAGCUGCUCGGGGUUCCUGUUUCAAAGCCUGCGCGCGGCCCCCCGCGGCCCCCAACGACCCCCGACGGCCUCCGCCGCCCGGACGCCCCAAACCCCGGAGCGUCCCUCUGUCCCGCCGCGCAGCCCCGGAGCCGGAGCCGGAGUCCCAGCGCCGCGCCCGGUAAGAAGAGAAUGGAAGCGGUUCCUGGCAGCAAAUACGGAAGCAUGAGUGAAGGAAGAAGGAAGCAGGGCCCCUCCCUCCUCAUGGUCGCUCUCACCAUAGCUGGGCAAUGUGGGAAUGAGGAGCUCGGACAUAGUCGGGUGCAAACUGUUUCCUCAGGCAGCAGAGCAGGUGCCGGCAUUGACGCUUCGUCCUCCUUGAGGAUCGUCCUGGUGGGCAAAUCGGGCAGCGGGAAAAGUGCCACCGGGAACAGCAUCCUCUGCCGGCCAGAAUUCGAGUCCCACGUGGCGGGGCAGAGCGUGACCAGGCAGUGCCAGGAGGCCAGGGGCACUUGGGAAGGGAGGAGCAUCCUGGUGGUGGACACGCCCCCCAUCUUCGACGCCGGGCCCCCCACCCAAGACCUAUACAAGAACAUCGGGGACUGCUACCUGCUCUCUGCCCCCGGGCCCCACGUGCUGCUGCUGGUCACUCAGCUGGGCCGCUUCACCGCGCACGACGCCGAGGCCGUCAGGAGGGUGAAGGAGGUCUUUGGGCUGGGGGCCAUGAGACACGUGAUCGUCCUCUUCACCCACAAGGAGGACCUGCAGGGCGAGCCCCUGGCUGACUACCUGGCCAGCGUGAGGGACUCGGGGCUGCCCGGGCUCCUGCGGGAGUGCGGGAGGAGGUUCUGCGGCUUCAACAACCGGGCCACGGGCGCAGAGCAGCGCCGGCAGCUGGCCGAGCUCAUGGGCCAGGUGGAGAGUCUGGAGCGGGAGCUGCAGGGCGGCUUCCUGAGCAACGAAUUGUCGCGGGAGGCGCAGCUGCUGCUGCAGCAGCGGAGCGCAGGGGCCGAGUGCGUGGAGCAGCGCGCACGCUUCCUGGGCCUGGUGCGGCGCGAGCUGGAGAAGCAGAGGCGGGCGGUGGCCACGGCCCCAGGGAGCUGCCACAGGGCCAGGCUGUGCAGGAACUCGGACUGGGUGGCUUCUGGAAUUUCUGCUCUUCUUAUUACCUGCAUUUUGAUCUUUCUGGCCAUUUUAAUUUACUACGGUAUCACGCGUACACACUGAGCAUUUCCUGACCCUAUUCCUCGACCGCACAGCCACAAGUGCGACAUCUCAUAUCUCACACCUCUCAUAUUACAAGAGUAGCGUACCACAUUUGAUGGAGUUUAAAGUAGAAGACAACCAAUCUUAGAGAGAAAUAUAUUUUUAGAGAUAUAUAUAUAUAUAUAUAAUCACACAAGGCUCAACCUUUAACAACACGAUAGUAAUCUCUUAUAGAAGGGCUUAAUGGCUCCUGGGUGAAAUACAAUGGCUCCUGGGGAGGGGUAGGAUGGGGGGAUACUGGAGACAUUGGUGGUGGAAGAUGGGCACUGGUGG